AGAACAAGAGACUGAGGGAGCCAGACUCCUGGGUCCCCAAAAAGGGCCUGCGUCGCGAUGGGUUCCACGGCUUCCCCGGACGGAGCUCUGGGCUACGUCCGCGAGUUCACUCGCCACUCCUCCGACGUGCUCGGCAACCUCAAUGAGUUGCGCCUGCGCGGGAUCCUCACUGACGUCACGCUACUGGUUGGCGGGCAACCCCUUCGGGCUCACAAGGCAGUUCUUAUCGCCUGCAGUGGCUUCUUCUAUUCAAUUUUCCGAGGCCGUGCAGGAGUUGGGGUGGAUGUGCUCUCCCUGCCUGGGGGCCCCGAAGCUGGAGGCUUCGCUCCUCUUCUGGACUUCAUGUACACUUCGCGCCUACGCCUCUCUCCUGCCACUGCACCAGCUGUUCUUGCAGCCGCCACCUAUUUACAGAUGGAUCAUGUGGUCCAGGCAUGCCACCGCUUCAUUCAGGCCAGCUAUGAACCUCUGGGCAUCUCCCUGCGGCCCCUGGAGGCAGAACCCCCCACGCCCCCUACGGCCCCGCCACCAGGCAGUCCCAGGCGCUCCGAAGGGCACCCAGACCCACCUACUGAGUCUCGAAGCUGCAGUCAAGGCCCCCCCAGUCCAGGCAGCCCAGACCCCAAGGCCUGCAAUUGGAAAAAAUACAAGUUCAUCGUGCUAAACUCUCAGGCCUCCCAAGGAGGGAGCCUGGUGGGGGAGAGGAGUUCUGGUCAACUUUGCCCCCAAGCUGGGCUCCCCAGUGGAGAUGAGGCUUCCAGCAGCAGCAGUGGCAGCGAAGAAGGACCCAUUCCCGGUCCCCAGAGCAGGCUCUCUCCCACUGCUGCCACUGUACAGUUUAAAUGUGGGGCUCCAGUCAAUACCCCCCAUCUCACACACCGGGCUCAAGGAGCCAAUGCAUCAUCUCCCUCUGGGCGGGCUCGUCCACCACCAGGAAGUGAAUUUUUCAGCUGCCAAAACUGUGAGGCUGUGGCUGGGUGCUCAUCGGGGCUGGACCCCUUGGCUCCUGGGGAUGAGGACAAGCCCUACAAGUGUCAGCUCUGCCGGUCUGCCUUCCGCUACAAGGGCAACCUGGCCAGUCACCGCACAGUGCACACAGGGGAAAAGCCCUACCACUGCUCCAUUUGCGGAGCCCGCUUUAACCGGCCGGCUAAUCUGAAAACGCAUAGCCGCAUCCAUUCUGGAGAGAAGCCCUAUAAGUGUGAGACCUGUGGUUCCCGCUUUGUACAGGUAGCACAUCUGCGCGCCCACGUGUUGAUUCACACUGGGGAGAAGCCCUAUCCUUGCCCCACCUGUGGGACUCGCUUCCGUCACCUACAGACCCUCAAAAGCCAUGUUCGCAUCCACACAGGGGAGAAGCCUUACCAUUGCGACCCCUGCGGCCUGCAUUUCCGGCACAAGAGUCAGCUACGGCUUCAUCUGCGCCAGAAACAUGGAGCUGCUACCAACACCAAAGUACACUAUCACAUCCUGGGGGGACCCUAGCUGAGCGAUGGCCCAGACCCCUGUCACUUUCUGGAAGCCAGGAAAGCUGCUGGCCCACACCUGGCUUCUCUGUCAGAUUCGGGCAUGGAGGUGCACAAGGCCCCUCCGUUCUCAGAAACUGCCACCAUCUUAAUUUCUCACUGGGGAGAGCAGGGGUGGCAGAUCCUGACUUGAUCUGCCUCUGUUUUGCUGGUCAAAACCUCUCCCCCACAAUCAAAAUUGUUCCUGAGGAGAGAGCAAGCUAGGAGCUGGGGACGGGAGAGGCUGGAGGCUGGUUUUCUUAAGGGAAUAGUCCUCUACCUGCAGUCCCCACCUCAUUCGGUUUCUCUGUACAUAUAAUUUAUUGAGGCCUUUGGGUGGCACCAGGGCCUUCAUUCUAUUGUAUUUUCCACUUCCCUCUUCCCAGUGUGAUCAAAGUGACCCCAAACAUAGAAUGUGAUGUCAUAGCUCUGCUGGCAGAGAUUAGCACUGGGCUGUCUCCUUUGGCUUGAGUGUUUUAUGUUAUUAUUGCCAUAACUUCUAUCUUUAGAAUUGUUCUUUCUCCUAUUUGUUUGCUUGUUGGUUUGUUUAAAAUGGAGAAAUGGGUUCUCUGUGUUCUGCCCCUCCAGUUCUAGGUCUGAAACCUUUCUUUGUUCUAGGGCAGCUCUGGGAACGUGUGGGUGUAUGGAAUUGGGUCAGGAACCCUCUCUGGUAUUCUGGAUUUUAUAGGUUCUCUAGCAGGCUAGAAUCGGAUAGACUUUUCUCUGUUCUUCAAGGGUUAUGGGAACUUUAUGGUGAGUCUGAAAUGCAGGUAAUAAAUGCCUUCUGAGGGCUGUGAGUGUGGGGGCUUUGUCAGCCUUAGAACUAAGAGAUGAUUGGAGAGACUUCUUCUUAUACCCCAACCGUCCUAUUCAUCUGUUCACCUAGGUUGACUCUGCUGUGUCUGUCAUGAUAGAGCCCACAACCCUCCCACUAGGGCCUGUUCUUAGCAAUGAGUUGGUCCCUCAUUGGGGAAAGAUCUGAAAUUCUUUGUUAGAGAUGAUGCUGCCUUU